GGGUCAGGUUGCACACUCCUCACAAUCGGGUAUAUUACAGACACACAGAUCAUAGUAUAUACGUUGAACGUGCUGGAGGAGAGUCGCGAUCCGCGACACAGGCUGGAUUUGUGGAGGACAAUAGGUGGAUAACGUUGAGUGGACGAGAGAAGCGUCGUCAUGUGUGGGUUCAUCUGAGAGUUCGGAGUAAGGAGAAUACCUAGGUUCGCUGAAAGAGCGAGCGGCGACAGCAGUAGCAGGAGGAGAGGAACGAGCGACCUAUUGUACGGGCCCCGACGUGGACCCGAUACCUAGGCCGGAAUAGGACAGAAGCAGGCAGCCACCAUGUCGAUGCGGAAGGGUCUGACUCGAAUACCGAUCUUCGGGUCGCGUAUUCCGCAGAUUGCGAACGAGACCGUCCGCAUCUUCGAGGAGACGCCUCCAGCUAAGGUGAUCCCAAACGAGAUCAUCGCUGUCGCCAAUAGGGGCAGCACGAAGGUGGCGGCAAGGGAGAGUCAGUCGCACGAGCUCAGCAAGCACGACCUGGGGAAGAAAGUGAGGGUGAACGAUCGCGAAGGAGUCCUCAGGUUCGUGGGGACCGUGCACUUCGCGCCUGGCGUUUGGUGCGGGGUGGAGGUGGAGUCUGGUAAGGGGAAGAACAAUGGAACGGUACGUGGAGUACGAUAUUUCGAGUGUCCCGAGGAUUGCGGCCUGAUGGCGAUGCGGGCGAAGGUGUCGCUAUCGGAUGAAUUGGAGCAGCAGCAGGAGGAGGAGCAGGAUCACUAUUCGGGGCCGUACAGCAUGAUCUUCGGUGUAGGUGAAUCGGCGAAGCCUUUCCUCAGAUCCGACACGUUCGAGGUAAACGAAGAGGAUUCGCCUCUUGAGCUGGAUCGUACGUAUGAUAAGAACGAGACGUUCGUAAAUACAACUGCGAAUAUCAGAAAUUUGCGAUCUGACACGUUCGACGUGAACGAAGACGGGGAUGACGGGGAAGAUGAAAGUUUUGUUGAGAUGGACGAAACGAUGGGUCGAAAGGACCUGAACGAGACCGUGGUUCAGAACAAGAGACCCUCCGUGCUCGACUACACGCACAACUUCGUCACAGCCAAGAUGAAGUUCUCGACACCAGUUGCCUUCAAGGACACGGAGUCAACGUCUUCGCCGAGGAAGAUACGUAUGUCGCCAUCGCACCUCGAUGACGAUUGCAGCAAGCGGGACUCGCUGGAGUUUGAGGAAUCUUUGGGGAUUCUUACGCCAGACCAAAUGAUCGACGUCACUGGGCUGGUGAGUUCGCGCACUCCCAGCUCCGAGAACAUUAGACUUCUACCGCACGACGCCUUAUCCAACUUCCAAAUAAUGGAAGACCUAUCACCGAAGAUAGAAUCUAGCCUGGGCAUUAUCGAUGAGCAUGUUUUGUCCGCUUUAACCAUUAAAACAGACAAAACAAUGAAUCUGGAUCUGCAGCAUGACAGAACGCUGACGCGCAUCGAACAGACGCCUUCUCCGGAGGAUCUGCCCCUGGAUCCGACACCUCCGCAGCCGCCUGCACCUCCACCUCUGUUAACUACGCAGAGCGAGAACGGAAAAUGCGAGCAGCAGAAGAAGCCGCCGAGCAGCUUCAUAACGAGCAUCACAAGUAUAACGAGCUUGGACACCGGCUACCAGGGCGAUGGUGAGAACUCCAGACCGGCAAGCCGAGGCGCGGAAACGUCACCGCUUACCAGGAGGCAGCCUCGAAGGCCGGAUCCGAUGACUGACUCAGAUUUUUAUACGGAGAGCGAUGCGGAUAACCACGAGGAGAAUCAAAUCAGGACGGAUAGGAAGGCGCAGGUGAUCGACGGUACUUUGUAUGGAGUCGACCCACAAUUAGCAGCUGACAUCUACGCAAACAAUAAAGAGAAUAUGGACUCUUCGGGAAUAUUCACGGAUAUCGAAACCCGAACGGAGGAGCUCAGCAGCGCUGACAACGACCUCCUUCAGAAUCUGUCGCCCUCCGAUUCCUCAACGAAAACGAUCUCCGAGGAUAGCCAGGGCAAUAUUAAUCUGAUUCUGAAUAAGACGCCGAUAAACGAGACGAUCAUCGAAUGCGAAACUAAAUCAGAGGACAAGACGAUGACGGUGACGCCGCCCUCACCGAGCAGCACCGUCGCAUCCAGUCCUGCGAGCGCGCGCAACCGCUCACCCAAGGGCGACCUCAAGAAAUACAAGAUGCCCAAGAGAAACGUCGCCUCCAAGGUGAAGGCAAUGCUUGAACCGAAUAAUAAAGAGAACGCGGAUACGAAGAAAGCUACGACGACGAUGCCAAAGAAACCGGCCGGUCGUUGGGAUGCCGUCAUGAACAAGAUCUCCAAGAGCCCUUCGGCCGACAACAGAAACCUGAAGGAAGUCAAAUCGAAAGUUUUCAGCAGCAUUAGCACUAACGUGCAACAAUCGCGUGCCAUCGUCCAACCGGACAAGUCCACCAAUAAAACACCCAACAAUAAGAUACGAAGGGUACGCGCCCGAGCUGCAGCCACCAACAACACCUCCAGCAAAAGCAACAGCAACGCCGGCGAAAGUAUAAACAGUUCACUGAGCGAUCUCAGCGGUGCCUCACCGGCAAAGAAAAUCGGUUCAGCGAAAAAGCAGAGGGAUGUGGUGCGAGUGACGCAGGUGCUGACGGCGUCGAAGAUCUCGCCGAAAGUCAACAACCACACCACUGAAGUUAAAAACAAGAACAACGCCAAUCUUAACAAUGAGGUCAACAAAUCUACGGCGGCCAAUAGGAACUUAUUCAAUAACAAGGAGAAAAAAAAAGAUAUAUCUAAAGGGAUUAUUAUGGGUGUCAAAGGGAAGAAGCACAAGUUUUCCGCGAGCGAUCUGGACAUUUUCGCAAAGGAUACCGAACGCAUCAAGAACAAGACCUACAUUUGGACAUCGAUUAAGUUGCCCAAUAAGAAAAACAAAGAAAUUGGAAGAGCUACAGUGAAGGGGGGUCGAGUGUCGCCCGGCGCUCGGCCCCCGCAGCAACAACACCACCACCAACAACCCCAGAAACCGCAGCCGAAGACGGCGGAAGCUCUCGCCGUACUCGUCCAACAUCUCGUCUUCAAUUUGGACGCGUUCAGCAAUCCGAGUCUGAGAAAGGAAAUCUAUAGGGUGAAAACGGAAGCUGGGGAGGCGCAAUUGCUGUGCACGCAGCUGGAGGAGGCGUUGAACGCUGAGAGGAAGCAGAGGUCAGAGUUGCUGGAAGAGCAGCGCAUCAGGUUCGGCGUCGAGGUAACCCACCUCAUUGAAAAGCAUCGCGAUGAAAUUUCACUAAUAAAUGCACAACAGUUGGAUGUGAAGAAGUUGCAUCAGCACGAGCGGGAUUUGUUGAGGGAAUCGUUAAGCAGGCAGCACGAAUCGCAAAUCCGAGCUUUGAAACUGGAGUGCGAGAAGCUGAGGCAAACACACGUGGAAUCGUUGGAUAUCCUUCGGGAAGAGAACGAUGCCAUCCGCGAGGAAAUCGACGAGAGAAACAUGAGGAUCAGGGAACUGGAACAGCAGCGCGGCGAGAGCGACAAGCUGAGGCGGGACUACGAAGCGCGGGAGGUUCUGCAUAAGGAGAAAUUAACGGUGGCCAACGAGGAAAUCUGCAGGUUGCGCGAAGAGAACGAGGCGUUGUACGCAUCCGCGCGUAACGGGGGAUCCGACAACAGUCUGCAGGAAGUGCAAUCGCUGCGAGUAGUGCUCGAACUGAAACAAUCCGAAUUCGCGGAGUUGAGGAAAGCCUUGGCGGAAGCCACACAGAAGGCCGAUCUGUUGCCGGCAGCCGAGGAGAAGAUCUCCGGAUUGUUGGCCAAAUGCGAGGAUCUGCAACAUCAGCUAGAGAGGAAAAACGAUUCUGAACAUCAACUGCUGACGGAGAACAAGAAAUUGCAUGAGUCGUUCAAGGAAGAGUCGAAUCAAAAGAAGCGCAUCCAGCAGUACAACGAGGAGCUGACGUGGAAGUUGCAGCAGAACAAGGAGAUCGUUCACAAGGUGAUUGAAGAGGCGGAUUCUGCUUUCUGCAGGAACAAGCUGAGCGCCAGCUUCAAUGAGAGGUACACCGUUCAGAAGCCUUCUUUCGAGCGCACACUCUCGUUCCGCGAGAACUCGUUCGGCUCGAGGAGUCCGAGUUCGUUGACGAGAUCGCGCAAGUCGAGGAAUUCUCUCGACCUUGAUCCGGAGGAGGUUUCGCCGCCGAGUUCUCCGAAAGUUAAAGGCGUCGUAGAGAAGUCGGAUUCGGUGAGCUACGUGCUGGAGAUGGACGAGAGUCCUGACGUGGUCGCAUCGAGGAUCGUUAGGAGGAGUUUCAGGAAUGCCACUCCACCUAAGAACACGCCGACCAAGUCUCCUGCUAACAAGAGGCCACGCAUUAAGUCCAAUCCUCUGACGCAGAGUCUGUCAGGAGGUUCGUUGCACGGCGUCGUCGCCAGAACGAGGGCCGUUCACUCCGAAGAAAGGACGGGAGAAGUACACGAGGAGAUCUUCAUGUGGGAUAGCGACCGUGCAUCGAGCACACCCAAUCAGCAGCACAAGUUCUGGACUCCAACCGAAUACGACGAGUACUGCGAAGAAAUGCUGCCAUCGCUACCGAGCGAGAUCGGCCAGAAAAAUGGACCCACGCUGCCUCUGCCCAAACACCUCGCCGAGAGUAACUCGGACGAUGAAGAGGAGGACGACGUCGACGACGAGUGCUGCUCCACAAGCUCCUCAAGCGGCCAAUUGUGAGACGAACUCCUCGACUUCUAACUUUCCUUUAAUUCUAUAUUGUAUUUACACGAUAUUUUAAUUUUUUUUACCCAAUUAACCUUUUGUACUUUCUUUAAUUAUUUCUAUCAUACAGAUUUUUAUAAUUAUUUUCUUCGUUCAUGGGCGGGGCUGAACAGAAAUAUGAAAAGAAUAUAUUAUAAAAAAAAGUGGCCGUACUGUGAGAUAAACAUUAACUUAUUAACGUUUAAAUAUAUAUAUAGAUAGAGAUUUAUUAUUACUACUUGGACGAAGAGAAUAAUGAAUUGCGCGUGUGCUUGUAUAUAUUGUAAAGAGAAUUCCCUUUGUACAUCUGAUAUACAUACAUAUACAUAUAUAUUUAAUUAUUAUUAUUUUUUUAAUUAGUAUAAUUAGUUUUUUUUUUGGAAAUAGGUUGUGAAGAUUACUGUUGUGUUUUGUUUAGAUGUUUUUUUUUUGUAAUCAAAUAUUAUAAUAUAAACGGAUAAUCGCCCGAUGAGAUUCAACGCGUUCUCUUACCCAAAACAUCUUCGUACUUACAUCGCCUCGCGCGCGCUUUUUUUUGUUAAUACCAUAGAAACAAAUCGUUUCCAAGGAUAUUAUUUUAACCUCAAAUCUCUUUUUUACUCGCCGUUCUACAUUAACCCCGUCCCUUGUUUCGAGGAUCGCUGAAAUCCUUUCCGUCUAGCUGAAAGGCCCUUCAACGUUUAUUUUCAGAAUGAUCCCUCUACAAUUCUCUCUGUAUCGAUAUUCAACCAAAUUUGCUAUAUUUAUUUAAUCGCCUCGCUUGAAUCUCUCGGCAUUCUCCAACUUGUGUAAUCAA